AUGUUGCCCAAAGUUCUUGUGCUCCUCCUGGGCAUAUUCGUGAUCAUCCAGUCGAGGGUUGAGGGACCUCAGUCUGCAUCAAAGAAGGAAGCCACUGCCCGUAAUGAUGUCUUCUAUGGCCCUGAGCCACAGCCCCUUGGAAGGAAGCUCCUCUCUGAAGAAACAAAGCCCACUGCUACUGGGACCGGGCGCCCAGUUGGCAAACUGCCAGAAGCCUCUCGCAUCCUGAACACUAUCCUCAGUAACUAUGACCACAAACUGCGCCCCGGCAUUGGUGAGAAGCCCACUGUGGUCACUGUUGAGAUCUCUGUCAACAGCCUUGGCCCGCUCUCUAUCCUGGACAUGGAAUACACCAUUGACAUCAUCUUCUACCAGACCUGGUAUGAUGAACGCCUCCGUUACAAUGACACCUUUGAGACCCUUGUUCUGAAUGGCAAUGUGGUGAGCCAGUUGUGGAUCCCGGACACCUUUUUUAGGAAUUCUAAGAAGACCCAAGAGCAUGAGAUCACCAUGCCCAACCAGAUGGUCCGCAUCCACAAAGACGGCAAGGUGUUGUACACCAUUAGGAUGACCAUUGAUGCUGGAUGUUCACUCCACAUGCUCAAAUUUCCAAUGGAUUCUCACUCUUGCCCUCUGUCUUUCUCUAGCUUUUCCUAUACUGAGAGUGAGAUGAUCUACAAGUGGGAAAAUUUUAAGCUUGAAAUCAAUGAGAAGAACUCCUGGAAGCUAUUCCAGUUUGAUUUUACAGGAGUGAGCAACAAAACUGAAAUCGUCUCAACACCAGCUGGGGACUUCAUGGUCAUGACGCUUUUCUUCAAUGUGAGCAGGCGGUUUGGCUAUGUUGCCUUUCAAAACUAUGUCCCUUCUUCUGUGACCACGAUGCUCUCCUGGGUUUCCUUUUGGAUCAAGAAGGAGUCUGCUUCAGCCAGGACCUCUCUAGGGAUCACCUCUGUACUCACCAUGACCACACUGGGCACCUUUUCUCGUAAGAAUUUCCCACGUGUCUCCUAUAUCACAGCCUUGGAUUUCUAUAUCGCCAUCUGCUUCGUCUUCUGCUUCUGCGCUCUGCUGGAAUUUGCUGUGCUCAACUUCCUGACCUACAACCAGACGAAAGCCCAUGCUUCUCCGAAACUUCGCCAUCCUCCUCUUGGUAGCCGUGCCCAUGCCCGUAUCCGUGCACGUGCCCGCGCCCGUGCCUCCCAGCAGCAGGAAGGUUUUGUGUGCGAGAUUGUCACCUCUGAGGGAAGUGAUGGAGAGGAGCGCCUGUCUUGCUCAGCCCAGCGGUCCCCCAGCCCAGGUAGCCCCCAGGGUCCCCGCAGCCUCUUCUCCAAGCUGACCUGCUGUGAGUGGUGCAAGAAGUACUUUUGCAUGGUCCCCGAUUGCAAGGGUAGCACCUGGCAGCAGGGCCGCCUCCGCAUCCACAUCUACCGCCUGGAUGACUACUCGCAGGUUGUUUUCCCAGUGGCCUUCUUCUUGUUCAAUGUGCUCUACUGGCUUGUUUGCCUUAACUUGUAG